AUGCGGCCGCCGAUGAAGUUUGCAACCUGUUUGAAAAAAACGAUAGCGUCGUACAAGGAGGAACUUGUUCGAGCGAGAGAAGAGAAUGAGCGACAACGACGACAACUGGAAGCUGCUGUCCGGGCUCAUCCGAUGGUGUGGCACAUGCCAGGCGUCCAGCAGCUGAUUGGUCUUCCGCAACUACUAAGUCCUCAGCUGCAGGGGGGAAGCACUAGAUUUGAGCAGGAGCCUUUCAAUGUUCAAGAAAAAGGGAAUGAUCCACAACGUGUCAUUGCCGUCAAAGUAGAAGAAGAAGAGCACGUCCUCAGCACGUUGCCACUGACUGUUGUUGUGAAGCGCGAAGACGGCAAAGCCCAAGCACCUGAUACGUCACACCUCGAACGUCAUAGUCUGCGUGAAGAGGCGAACGAACUUUUGAGGGACGAAGCAGAAAAUAGAGGCGAGGAAGAUGACCGCUUAGAAAAAGGGGGUCGGCGCACAGAAGAUGUCACGGCAGCGACAAACCGUUCAGUUGCCCGGCGAGUGUCAGUCUCCACCACUGCUAACCUGGCGUUCCCCUCGGGCAGCCGGGCUAACAUCAUUGCUAGACCAGCUAACAUCACUGCUAGCUGGGUCUCCACCUUUACAGGCUGGGCCUCCACUGUUGGUAGCUGGGCUUUCGCCUAUGUUGGCUGGGCUUCCGCCUCGGCUGCCUAUGCACCGUUGCUAACUGGGCCGCCACCACUACCAGCUGGGCUUACACCUCUGCUGGCUGGGCUUCCAUUAGAGAUGUCUACUAGUGAUAAAGUGAAUUUGGUCCAUCAAAUUCUGUCUGAGUUCAGGCUGCAGAAGGACGAGCUGGAAGUGAUCAUGAAGAGGAUGCGGCGCGAAAUGGAAAAAGGCUUGCGUUUGGAGACGCAUGAGGAGGCCAGCGUCAAAAUGCUGCCCACUUAUGUUUGCUCCACACCCGAGGGAUCAGAGGUGGGCGACUUCCUGGCUCUGGAUUUAGGGGGCACUAAUUUCCGCGUAAUGCUGGUUAAGGUGGGAGCGGACGAGGAAAGAAGUUGGAAAGUGGAGACCAUGAAUCAGAUGUAUUCCAUUCCUGAGGAUGCCAUGACAGGAACGGCCGAGAUGCUGUUUGACUACAUUGCAGAAUGCAUGUCCAACUUUUUAGACCAGCACAACAUCAAGCACAAAAAGCUUCCUCUGGGUUUUACAUUUUCCUUCCCGGUGCGCCACGAGGACAUUGACAAAGGAAUCCUACUCAACUGGACUAAAGGUUUCAAGGCUUCUGGUGCUGAAGGGAAUAAUGUUGUGGGUUUGCUAAGAGAUGCUAUCAAAAGAAGAGGGGAUAUUGAGAUGGAUGUCGUCGCCAUGGUAAAUGACACAGUGGCAACCAUGAUUUCAUGCUACUACGAGGACCGCAGCUGUGAAGUGGGGAUGAUUGUCGGUACAGGUUGCAAUGCCUGUUACAUGGAAGAGAUGAGGACGGUGGAGUUGGCGGAAGGCGAGGAGGGCCGCAUGUGCGUCAACACCGAGUGGGGGGCGUUCGGAGAUAAUGGCGAGCUGGAAGAGUUCAGGCUGGAGUACGAUAGAGUGGUGGAUGAGAACUCGGUCAAUCCUGGACAGCAGCUCUUUGAGAAGCUGAUCAGCGGCAAGUACAUGGGCGAGCUGGCGAGGCUGGUCAUGAUGAAGCUGGUCAACGAGAACCUGCUGUUCAAUGGCGAGGCCUCAGAGAUGCUGAAGAAACGCAGCAGCUUCGAGACCAGGCACGUCUCGCAGGUGGAAAGUGAUUCGGGUGACCGUAAGCACAUCUACAAUAUUCUGUCUUCGCUGGGUGUUCUACCGUCCGAGUUGGACUGUGACAUCGUGGGUCUCGUCUGCGAGAGCGUUUCCACUCGCUCGGCUCACAUGUGCGGCGCAGGCUUGGCCGGCGUCAUCAACUUGAUGCGGGAGCGACGCGGUUUAGAGGCCCUCACCAUUACCGUGGGGGUGGACGGUUCCGUAUACAAGCUGCACCCAUGUUUCCGUGACAGGUUCCACAAAAUAGUCAGAGAGCUGACGCCACACUGCAAGAUCACCUUCAUCCAAUCAGAAGAGGGAAGCGGUCGGGGAGCGGCGCUGAUCUCCGCUGUGGCCUGCAAGAUGGCGGCCUCCAUGAUGACACGGUGA